AGCCAAUGGAAAUAUUCAUGCGCCCGAGCAUCUUUUUUCACGAAACCGAAAAAACGAGCUAGUUCGCCGCGGAACCCUCUCCGGCGGGGGAGAGCAUGCCAAGAUGUAGUCGGGGUGAAGUUUGGCGGAGGUUACUCGUUGUCUAAUGGGCUGUGUCGCUGACGUUUUCGCCUGGACGGGAGCAAAGUAAAGGAAAUCAAGCAGAAGAGGUCUAUAGAGCUGUGUGAAACCACCUAUCCUACAACUAGACUGAACCAUUGGACUUCAUCUGAUGAAAGACAUUUCAUCUGAAAUACCUUACCAACAGUUCAUCAAGGAUAAAUUCUAGGCCUGCAAUUCAUUUUAUUGGAGGAAAGUCUGAAGGCUAAUGGGAAGGGAAGCACGUGCUCUGGCAGGGUAUAAGAAGUGAUGGCUGUGGAUUACUGCUGGCUCUGAGACUCAAGCUGACAAGACCAGGACCUUCUUGCAAUCAUCGGUUAUGGGAACCUUCAGAGGCAUUACACCUGAAACCUAACUUGAUGAUCAAGUAGCUGAAUUACUGAAGGUCAUCAACAAGCAUCCUUUUUCCAGGUGGAGUUCUACUUCUGGAGUGAUUGCUUUACCUGUGUUUUCCACUUAUUUUGACCACCUCACUUUCUUGUGCAGUGAAAGGAGGUAAAAGAUGUAUAUAGAUGGCUGGCUGGUAAAAAAGUCAACAAAUAUGAAUAAAACAUCAAGAGAGACUGAAGGCUAUUUUUCUGCAGUUUACUGCAGUUGAAUUCUUCCACCCCCAAACUUCAACUCCCAACAGCCCCCUCCUCCAGCCCCCGUUUUCAGAGAGGAGAAAAAGACGCUCUGGCAAACUGACAGCAGCCGCCACUCCAGAGAUUCUGUUUGCCCUGUUUGUUUAUUGCCUGUUGUUUUGUUUGCCUUGUUUUUGCACUCCUCUCUCCCUGUGCCCCUGUGAUGCUCCGUCGCCUCUGUGCCCGUGUGGAGCCAUGCCCAUACCCGAGAUGGCUCUGAGCCCUGUGAAAUUUUUGCACUGGGAGGCGUACCCCCCAAUGGCUGUAGGCCGUGUGUACUGCACGGCCGCGCUCUGGGCUGGACGUAUCUAUGUGCUGGGAGGCUGCAGUGAGAACGGCCUGCCACUUGACUUGGCUGAAGUCCUGGAUCUAGAAACCCAGACCUGGUGCCAGCUGCCCCCACUGCCCACAGCACGGGCGGGGGCCUCAGCCGUAACCCUAGGGGACCAGCUGGUGGUGAUGGGUGGCAUGGAUGCACAGCAGAGUCCACUGGCAUCAGUGGAAGUCUACCACCCUGAUGAGGGCAAGUGGGAAAGAAAAGCAGGACUGGGCCAGGCAUCCAUGGGCAUAACCUCGUUGGAGAUAGAUGGAAAGGUGUAUGCGCUAGGUGGUAUGGGAUCAGACACCAGCCCUCAGGCUUUUGUGAGGGUCUAUGAGCCCGUGAAGGACCAGUGGUUGUCUCUGGCCUCUAUGCCCACGCCUCGCUAUGGAGCUUCCUCCUUCCUGCGCGGAAACAAGAUCUAUGUUCUUGGUGGUCGACAGGGCAAGCUGCCGGUGACGGCAUUCGAGGCCUUUGACCUGGAGAUGAAGAGCUGGACUCGGUACCCAUGCAUUCCUAGCCGCAGGGCAUUUUCCAGCUGUGCGGCCAACGACCGAGCUUUCUUCAGCCUGGGGGGACUGCAGCAGCCCGGACCACACAACUUCUACUCCAGACCACACUUUGUCUCCACAGUGGAGGAAUACGACUCUGAACAGGGUGUUUGGCUGAAGCCCACAAGGAGCUCUCGGAUGAGGGAGAAAAGGGCAGACUUUGUUGCUGGCUGUCUCGGUGGAAGGGUGAUUGUUGCUGGAGGGCUGGGUAACCAGCCUUCACCACUGGGAUCAGUAGAGAGUUAUAAUCACGUGAAGAGGAGAUGGGAGGUUGUGGCUCCACUCCCUAGCCCACGAUGUUCUUGUACCUCCCUGCAGACCUCCAACAUGCUGUUUGUCAUCGGAGGGGUAUCCCAGGGACCCAGUACCGCGGUGGAGGCCCUCUGUCUGCGAGAAAGUGUCUGACAGACACAUGAACGCGUGCGCACCUGUAAACAGGCACAAAUGCACCCAAUGCUGGACUAUCCUGGGACACAGACCAAACUGCAGAGUUCUCCCACAAUUGCCUGGCUGAUGGUCCAGAUUCAGACACAGGCUCUAGUGUUUCAAGUCUGUCCUUUCAACAAGGGAGAUCUACAGGAGUCUAGACAGCACCACACAUAUCUGGAUGGACUAUAGACUGUGUUGAUGCUGGAGGUCUUAGACAAACAAGCAAAAAAAAUCUCCACACAAACCUACACAGACAGAGGUUCAGUGGUGCAGACGCCUUUGAUCUGUACAGUGUCUUUUCAGAAUCAAAGCAGGGUACUUUUCUGGCUAAACUCAAAAGGAACUUAGGGCCAUAUCCACCACGCUGCCGCAGCGUUUGCCUGCAGUAGCACGUUUAGCACUUUUUCUAUUACCUUAAAGGAAAAGGAGAGAUGAUGUGUGAGGAUUUUUUGUUGCAGGAGUGGAGGCGUAUGACUGUGUGUUUUUGUACCUUCACAGCCAUGCAUGUGUGAAAUUCAGCACUGUUAUUCUUAGAGCAGAAAAGAGCACUCCGCUAAUGGUUAAUAACCGAUUCCUGCGCUGUAGCAUGGGGUUUCGAUUAGGACGAGUGAUGGAGAGUGAUGGUCGUGUCAAAAUUAGCCAGCAAAUGUGCGACCAAGCUCAGUCCAAGCGAAUUGUGACAAGUGUCAGAGUCCCACAUAAUGCAUUUAUGACUUCAAAGUUACCAACCAGUAUACCCUCCAAAUGAGCAGUUGGCAUGACAACUGAUGAUUGGUUUCAUUGAUCUGGUUGGAAGGAACUUGUUUGAAGCAGUUUGCUGAAAGCCUACGACUAGUGCAGCAGUUAGCCAGCCGCACAGUGUUGUUGUCGCGCCAUGUCUGUCCACACACUGAAAAAUGGAGAACCAUUUUCAAAGGCGCCAUUGACAGCAGGACUGGCGACUGCUGCCAAGGGUAUGCUACCUGGAGUUCAGAACAGAACAAAAUCCCGUUAGGUAAUCUUCACACGCACGGUUUUCACACCCCCUGCACGCCUACACACAUGCACACACAAAACAUGCUUUACUGGCGCUCUGUGGUUGCCCAGUGUCUCCACCAUAGAUAAUAUAGCCAUGGUUUGAGGUCAGAGUAUUCAUCAAGACUCUGCAAUUAGGAGCCACAUUACUGUGAAGAAGUCAGAGACCAGCCUUCAUGUAUUUCAUUUCCAGAGUAAACAGCUGUUAGGUACAAAUUAUUGAUUUUUCAGCACCAUAAAAAAAAGCAGAAAACAUAUAUAUAACAGAACAUUAUAUAGCCUCCACAAUUAAAUAUUAUAUCAAUUCGGUAUUUAGUGUGUCCAGCCUUUGUCUGUAUUUUUUAUUAUUAAAAAAUAUAUUAUUAUUGACCUUUAGGCAAACAUGCUCAUAGUUACCUAUGGGCAUGAUAAAGAUGAAGAAAAACAAAAAAAAGGCUGUUAAGGACUGUUCCUCAAGGUGAUAUGUCAACGGCUGCUAUAUAUGCCAAAACGUGUAUAUUUUCUAAAUUAAGUUGUGUGUCAGUUCAGUGGAACUCUAAUGGACGCAUUAUUGUAACCUGGUACAACCAAAAUAUAUUUCUUGAGCGCAAAGACACUAAGAUAAAAACAAAUGCUUUGUUUUAUAAUGAAUAUUGAUUCCAUAUAAAUAUUUAAUAUAUGACUUAGCAUCUCUCCAACCUAGGAGUAUGUUAAAGACCACAAAGCUCUCUGAGAGGCGCUUUAGCUCAUGAAAAAUAUGUAUGAAUGGCAAUUAUUCUUAUUAAAGAUUCUUAUUAACUGAUUGGUAACUACUCUGAUGCCAGAUUUUCACCAUAAGACCCAAAACAUACUUCAUUCAAGAAAGCUAACAUAGAUGCUUUCUCAGGCAAAGAUUGCUUACGUAAAUAUAAAGAAUAUGAUACAUUAUCACUUUUUCAUUCCAACAGAAGAGGUAAAGCAGCUCACACUCCUCUAUUUGUCCACGUUUAGCUGUUGAGACUGUUGGAAUGACAGCACAGGCCACCCCUAGCCACCCCUUGGCUUUGUCUCUAUACAGAGAACAAAACCUCUGGCUUUUUCAAAUCUGAAAUACUUAGAUUUUCACAAAGAGGAAAGCUUUAAGUGCUGUUUAUUUGAUGGAGAUGUUUUGGUGGUCUUUUAUGGCUAUGAUGAAGGGUGCUCACUUGACUUUUUCACAGUAUUAUGAAUGACAGGCUGGAGGUGCAGGGCCACUGUUGGAGCACCAGAGGAAUUAGCAUGGUUGUGGGGAUGUUUCUGGUAUAUUGUUUCAAUGGAGAGGAGUGGGGUGACACUUAUAGCAUGUUGGUCAUUCUGAUUAAAUCCUGACCUGCUCUCUGAUGGUCUCAUGGCCUGCCAUUAACAGAAGGCCCAGUGCCUGACUCCAUAAUAAGACACUUUUACAUAUUCAUGCUCUCUUAUUUAGCCUGUCUCCAGGGUUUGCUGCUGUCUCUCAGUCAUCUGUCUGUGCGUUUUUGUGUGUGUGUGUGUGUGUGUGUGUGUGUGUGUGUGUGUGUGUGUGUGUGUGUGUGUGUGUGUAAAGGGUGACUGUCUCUGAUGAAUGCUGUGUGGAUGGCAAAGACGUUCAUUUACUUUCAGCAUGUGAGCGACACAUGCCUUGCCCGCAAACACGAUGAUCAAAGAAACACGUGCACAUACGGUCCUGCGAUCACACACAUCCGCACACCCACUCACGUUUGACAUGUCUUGUUUGUUUAGAUUUACACCUCCCUAAUGAUACAACUGUGAUACUCCGCUGGCUGCCAGCAGUCUUUUGCAGCACGUCACAGCAGAAAUGUUAGCUGGUGAUAGAUGGAGGGUUGUGGCUAUGUGCAGCCUUGACAGGCUUGCCUUCUCAGAGACAGCAUAGAAAGAGGGAGAGUUCAUGAGGACAACAAGGAACGAGCAUUCCUUUCUUUUCUCGAAAAAAUACGCCUUAUUUUUGCUGUCCUGUAACAAAAAUAAUCACAAGCUUUGCUGUGCUACAAAUGCAAAGCGUGUUUCUAGCAUUGUGUGUGGCUUGAAUAACGGCUUGUAGAGUUGUAUGUCUUGACAGUUGGUAACAGCCUCCAGGCUUUGCAGGAUCAGGUGAUGUGUGAGUAGAUUAGCUGAGAUGAUUCUGAAAACAAUAUACCUCUUUUUCUAUACGUAUUCUGCAACAUGACAAGACUUACGAGUGCAACACACUACAAUUCGCUAUUCUUAACAUUCAUAAAUCCUGCACUCCGCUUAGAGACCCCUAACCCAGGUCAUUUCUUUUAAUCUUCCAGCAGAUUACAUUUCUUUUAAUCUGUUCUUGGAUAAGAAAUGUUAUAGAAAUAAGGGGCUGCACAUCCAGUGUAGGAGCAAUAUGAAGACCUUUCUAAAGUUUCAGAUUUUAGAUCUAAAUGAAAUAGGCAAUCAAUACAAAUUUUACCAAUUUUUUUUUUAACUACACCAAGUUUGAAUAUAUUCCCCCAGUCUGUGCAAUUGUGCAUUUCUAAUAAGGAACACAGAGUGUAUAGAACACCUUGGACCUUCAGUAGCAGUUGUGUUGCUGUGAUUUUGAUCAUGUUUCUCUAUGUCAUGGAUAUUUCCCUGUGGUGAACCUCUAGUUUGGAUCAGUGAAUUAACCCAGUGCUUUGUGUUUGGUUGGUCUACUUGUUUGUUUUUGUUUGUGUGUGAGGUAAUAGGUUGUCAUUUUUCACCCUUUUUUUCCGAUGAGCUGAGGUGCUAGGUCUGUCCUUUCUUUAUGAUGCUGUGUUUUGACCUUUGUAAUUGGUGUAUAACUGAAGAUUGUGCUAGCUGACGGGCACUGAUGUUGUCCGACACGCAGGGCUGGUACUUUGUUCCAGAGCAUAGCUGAGUCUGUGCCUCCAAUUUAGAAAAAAAAACCUGCCAAAGAGGAACUUAGUCAACAAACAAAACACUGUUAAAGCUAUUGGCUUAUCAAUGGAAUAUUGUGUGUAAAAAGUAUAUGAAACAUGCCAGUGCAAUCACAUAGUAGAAAAUAGUUUUAUAUUUCCAGAUUUUUUGCCAUGUUCACAUCCUUCACAUCAGAAAUAAUGUUGGAGGCUUUGGUACACAACAGACACACUUGAAGAGAAUGAGCAGAGACAGCGUGCUUGACCACCGCCAGCCAUGGGGAGCCAGUGGUGUCCUUUAGCGUUAUUCUUCUCCCUUGAGCAGAACAAGAACUGUUAGCCCUGUAGGUUAAGCCAGUAUUCACCGUGUGCUGACCGAAUUUCAUUGUAACAGAUCUAAUAAUGGCAAAGUGCUCCUCUGCUGGCUUUUCUAAUACAAAUUUCGAAAGUGAUGGUGGGAGAGCUGGCUGCCAUGAUAUCCAUGUCCAGUACAAGAUUCCAGCAAGCUCUUGCUCCUCUGACAAUCAGUUUGAAGCAAUUUUAAAUGAAACAGUCUCAAAUGGCGUCACUCUUGACUUUUUCAAGGCCAUAGAACUUAGUUAACCAGAUUGAUUUGUACUUGUAUAGAAACAACAUUUUACAGCCUUUCUAUGCUGGAGCAAUGUAUGAAGAUCACCACUUCGGCACUGUGGCGGAUUUGAUUCAUCACAGUGUACAAGCACACCAAUAGUGUCCCACUUUGAAGCACGUGUAGAAGCUAUAAAAGGCCACCGUAGCUUCAUAUUGAUGUCAAGGAAGUGGAGGGUAAGCUUGUGUAGCAAAUCCACAUUGUAGAAAAGUGUCCUAGUGUUAGAUAUUCAUUCAUCUGAUAGGUUGCUGUGCAUAAACUUAACAUGUAUCCAUUUUCAUGGAGUAUUGCUUGUCAUUUUUGAGCUAAGUUUCUAUCUCAAAACUGUCAAACAGUGACAUUAAUGGGUAGAAAGCGUGAAUGUAAUGAACCGAGUACAGCACAGUACUAAAGUACCUGAUGCUACAGUAAUAGAUCACCUUCGCACCUAAUAAGUCCCCUCUAUUCUUAAGUGCAGAUUAUAGCAGCAUAUCACAUGGAAACCUUCUCUCAGACUGGCAUGGUUGCUGACAGCGCUCUGGGAAAACACAGGUUCAUGCAGGUUUGUGCCAGCGGCUCCAGUCCAGUAGUUCAGUGCCUAUAUAUGUGAGGUAGUGCCUCUACUAAGACUUCUCUAAUAAAAGCAUUGCUGUCCA